AUGGCCGAUCCUGUUGCCAUCGAUGUCUCGCGUGCCAGUCCAGGUCUUUGGGACCGCGUGUCGACCUGGGUGUCGGAGAACAAGGCCGUCGCAUACACAAUAGCUGGCACGGUAGUCGUCAUAACUAGCGCCGGUGCAAUCUACUACUUGUCCGGUCAAAAGUCCUCUCCCUCGAAUGCAACAACAGAAAAGAGAAAAAGCAAAAAGGAGCGACGGAAAGAGAAGAAGGCUGCCGAGGAAGCGCAAAAGUCCGGCAUCAGUUUGAAAGACGAGGAAGCAGCAACCACACCUGCAGCGCCUGUGGUACCAAAGGCUGCGACUGUUGAAGGCGAGUCUGAAUUACCAGAGAUCAACGAAUCCACAGUGGCCAACUUUUCACUGGAGGAAAAGCAAACAUAUUCCCAGAAACUUAAGGCCGCCGGAAACAAGGCCUAUGGAUCGAAAGAUUACAACAAAGCCAUUGACCUUUAUGGCCAAGCGAUACUCCUUAAACCAGAUCCUGUCUUCUAUUCGAACCGAGCCGCUGCCUACAAUGCUAUUAGCGACUACGAGAAGGUCGUCGAAGAUACCACAGCCGCCAUUUCCAUGAACCCAGAGUACAUCAAGGCCUUGAAUCGAAGAGCACAUGCUUACGAACACCUCGGGUAUCUCUCUGAAGCACUACUAGACUACACCGCGAGCUGCAUCAUUGAUUCAUUCCAGAAUGAAGGCACUGCACAGAGUGUAGAGCGCUUGUUGAAGAAGGUGGCUGAAAAAAAGGGAAAGGCCAUUUUGGCCGGAAAGAAAAAUCGGCUGCCUAGCGCGACCUAUGUCUCGAAUUAUCUCCAAAGCUUUCGCCCUCAGCCUCUCCCUACUGAUCUCGAAGAAUCGGUAGAACUCGAAGAGAAUACUGGCAAGGGCCAAUUACAGCGUGGUCUGAUAGCAUUGACCAAAAAGACGGCAGAGGCAUACGAGACCGCAUCAAAGGCAUUCAAGGAAGCCAUAACACUUGGAGAUCUCGGAGAGCAUGAGGCUUACGCUCUGAGCAUGCGAGCCACUUUCUUGUAUCUCGAGGGUGACCUUGAGAAGGCACUAGAAGAUCUCAAUAAGGCCAUCGAAUUACAACCCUCUCUAACACAGGCACAUAUCAAGCGCGCCAGCAUGCAUUUGGAGGCAGGAGAUAAGGACCUGGCGGCUCAAGGUUUCGAACAGGCGAUAGCUCAAAACAAAGAUGACCCGGACAUUUACUACCACCGUGCCCAACUCCACUUCAUCCUUGGAGAGUACGCCGAUGCAGCCAAGGACUAUCAGAAAUCCAUCGACCUAGACCGGGAGUUCAUCUACGCACAUAUUCAGCUUGGUGUCUCACAGUACAAGUUGGGUUCGGUUGCAUCAUCCAUGGCGACCUUCCGACGAACCAUCAAGAACUUUUCCCAAGUGCCUGAUGUUUACAACUACUAUGGUGAACUCCUGAUCGACCAACAAAAAUAUGAGGAAGCCAUCGAACGAUUUGAGACCGCCAUCGACCUAGAAAGACAAACGAAGCCAAUGGGAGCCAUCAAUGUCUUACCCCUCAUCAACAAGGCUCUUUGUCUGUAUCAAUGGAAGCAAGAUUUCAAGGCGGCAGAGGACCUUUGCAAAAAGGCCUUGAUUCUUGACCCCGAAUGCGACAUUGCUGUCGCCACCAUGGCACAGUUGCUUCUGCCACAAGGGAGGGUCACCGAAGCCCUUGAAUUUUUCGAGCGUGCAGCCGAACUGUCGAGGACCGAAGCUGAGGUGGUUAAUGCGCUAUCUUAUGCUGAGGCUACUCGAACACAGCUGGAGGUGUCCGAGAAGUAUCCCCAACUUGCAGCUCGGUUAUCUCAAAUGGAGGCUGGGCCCGGGGGACCUCAGAUGAGAUAG